UUAUUUUUAGUCAAAUUUUUGCCGCGUCCUUCUCUCUCUUCAUUAAUGGCCGCGUCCUUCUCCCGCCCUUCGCAUUUGAAGUGCCCUUUCUCUUCUGUCUUCUCCCGCACGAAGUCUCUCUCACAAAAAUCUUUCUCCGCCUCCUUCGACACCGACGAUCAGCACCGGCCGAGCGCCCUCCUCGUCCGGCGGUACUCGAUCUCCGCCGCCGCCCUCGCAGCUCCCGCUGGCCUCCAAGAUCCAGAGCGGCUUCGAGCCGCGGAAGUCGUUGUCGACCUCCGCCUCCUUCGACGCCAACGACCAGCACCGGCCGAGCGCCCCCUCAUUCGGCGGUACUCGAUCUCCGCCCCGCCGCCGCCGCCGCCUCCUCGCCGCCCUUGCAGCUCUCGCUGGCCUCCAAGGUCCAGAGCGGCUUCGAGCCGCGGAAGUCGUCGUCGACCUCCGCCUCCUUCGACGCCGACGACCAGCACCGGCAGAGGGCCCCCUCGUCCGGCGGUACUCGAUCUCCGCCGCCGCCGCCUCCUCGCCGCCCUCGCAGCUCCCGCUGGCCUCCAAGGUCCAGAGCGGCUUCGAGCCGCGGAAGUCGUCGUCGACCUCCGCCUCCUUCGACGCCGACGACCAGCACCGGCCGAGCGCCCCCUCGUGCGGCGGUACUCGAUCUCCGCCGCCGCCGCCUCCUCGCCGCCCUCGCAGCUCCCGCUGGCCUCCAAGGUCCAGCGGCUCGCGGACAAUGUCCAGCUUGCGAGGCAGGGUUUCUAGGAGCUGAGACAAGAGGCGAGCGAACUGCAGGAGUAUUCCAACGCGAAGCUCGAUCGAGUCACGCACUACCUCGGCGUUCUUGCCGACAAGAUGCGGAAACUAGAGUAAUUAUGAUAGAAAAGCAUCACCUUUCCUGGCGAAAGAAUUACUUGGAAUUUAUACAAAGGAGAAAAGUUGGAGGGAGCGACUCUUGAAAAAUGGCAUUGUAAAAUCAUCUCCAAUGCCACCACGGACACGUCCUGAAUGCGUGGGGACUGAGGAGGAUCCUAAGUGCAUUAUAUGUCAGCAAUAUCAGUUGUAUGUGAUUGUAGGCCAUCUGCUUUUGUUUGUCUUGAGCACUGGCAACACAUCUGUGAAUGCAAACCCAGCAAACAUUGCCUCCUUGACCGUCAUACAUUAGCAGAGUUAAGUGACUUGCUGCUCACUGUCGAUAAAUACAAUGGUGAGGAGACUCAAAGGAGUAACGUGCUCCAGCAAAGAUCUUUCUCCAGCGAAACAAGUUCUUCAGCGAAAAAGGUAAAAGGUGGCCAUGCUACUUUGGCUCAUCUUGCGGAUCAAUGGCUGUUGCAGUCAACCGAUGCUCUUAAAAAUCCUUUCUCUAAGGAUAUUUAUCAAAAACUGUUGAAAGAAGGUGAACAAUUUCUUUGGGCUGGUUUUGACAUGGAUCCUGUACGUACCAUGGCAAAGAAGUUAGUCGACGUGCAGAGGUGGGCAGAAGGUGUAAGAAGUUGCCUCGCAAAAAUUGAAAAUCAUUCUCUGGGCUCUACUAAUGCUUUGGAGAGGGCAGAUUUAGAAUAUGUCACUGAAUUGUUGAGUUUUGAUACCAUGCCGUGUAACGAGCCUGGACAUCUUAAAUUGAAGGAGUAUGCUGAAGAGGCAAAGAAGUUGGCCGGAGAGAUUGAAUCUACUCUUUCGUCAUCUUCAAAGUUAUUGGAGUUGGAAAACCUUUACGAUAGAAGCUGUCGCUUAGGAAUCCUUGUCAAAGGAAGCGAGAAACUGGCACAGAAAAUUUCUUCGAUGGAGGAGUGGCUUAAUCGUGUUCGAAUCUGCCUCUCGGAGAAACGUGCUGCUGCAAUUGAGAUCAACUCCCUAUAUAAGCUGAAAUCAGAGAUUAGGGAACUUCACAAUUUGCUCCCGGAGACUGAAAUGCUACUGGAGCUACUAGGAAAAACUGAAACGUACUGAGAUCGAUGUGCUGAAAUUCUGAAAGGUCCCAUAUGUCUAGAGGUUUUGGCCGCUGUCAUCAAGGCAAAUGCUUCCAGAGAGCAUGAGAUUCUUGCGGAAAUUAGAGAUGCUGUU